ACACAGGACAUGGCUGGCUGUAAUGAGAAUGUGGCAUCCCAAGGUGAAGAGGUAAAAUUGGAGAAGUAUGGAGGCAUUGUGCCUAAGAAACAAUUAAUAUCAAAGGACCAUGAAAGAGCCUACUUUGAUUCUGCAGACUGGGUCCUCAGCAAGGUAGGAGGAACAAGUUCAAAUACAAAAACUGCAACUGAAAAUUUAAAACCCAAGCUGAAGCCAACACCUCAUCACCAGCUUCCACCAAGGAAGCCGACAUGCACAUCAGAUCGAGAGUACGACAAUCUUCCAUUUGAUUACAUUGUUUUGCUUUGCUCAAGCAAUCUUAAUCUGAUAAUUGGAUUCUGAAGCAUUUACUAACUUGAUGUAAUCAUACAGGAUUAACAGCUAAAGAACAAAUUGGGUGUGCAUGAUGUGGUCUAUGUGAGGAGGAACGGAGAUGAUGCUAAAUGUCUUUUUCAUGUUUUCUGGUCUGCGUGUCGUUUACAUGUCUUUAACAGUCAUUAAAGCUCUGUUGUUGAUAAUAAAAAGACACAAUGAUCAAGUUUGUCGAGAUUAAAAAAGGAAUCAACCAACAUUAAGGUUUUGUUUCUUGGU